CCGGAACCUGUAAAAUGUAGAAUUCGUGCCCCGCCCAGGCGGAAUUCACACUCAUCUUCCCAACAAAUGUCCUAUGUUGGAGUUGGAGGAGCAUUCACUCGAGGCUCUUGAUAAUGGGUGUACCGAUCAAUACGGCCCUGCGAUGGGAACGAGAGCAUAAAUACCAAUUUCCGAGUGGGGAACGUUUCUCGAAAGCCCUGCUCGAUUCCGUAACCUGCCACUUCGCCAAGGUCCGCACCAGAGACUGGGAAACCAGGAUGAUGGAAUACUGGAACCCAAAUGAGAACGACAUACGAGAUAACGGAGAAUACGAAUCCUUCAAGUCCAAGUGGAGGAUGAAAAAAGCCAUGUCGCAAAUUGAUUUGGGGCGUUGGGCAGAGGCCGAAGCUGAAUCUGGAGCUGAGCAGUACCUUCGCGACACCAUCGAAAAGUGCAAGCAAUUGCGUCGCAGCAACGAAUUCCAUGGUUUCAUGUACCUGCCUGGUGAGAUCCGCGACAUAAUAUACCGCCUCGCCCUUUUCAGGGGCAAGGUCGUUGUACCGAAUAGCAGGCACAGCAUGGGGCCUCAGGCAUUCGAGGCCGUCGAGAACUACGAAAGCUUCGACGGAUACUAUUACAGGCGUUACGAAGGUGUUACACACGAACUUCACGCGAUGAGGCACAGCCAUCAUACAAUUCCUCUCGGCCUGAUCCAGGGGGUCAGUCGAGCUGUGCACGACGAAGCUGCGCGGAUCUACUUUGGCAGUAACCAGUUCAUCUUCCCUUCCGGCUCCUUUGUACAUCCUCGAUAUUGUAAUUUGCGUACCGCCUUUGAAGCUCACGGCGGAGAUGGGUUUCAACGCGAUAUCGACAACCGGACAAACAAUGCCCCACUACUCCGUGACGUGAGCUACACCUUCGACAUGCGAGACCACCCGAUCGACGAUCACACAAACCUCUACAUGAAUUACGGCAUCAAGGCAUCCGUCGACGAUGGCAGGCGCUCACGUGGCGAGGCCCUGCAAGCACUGCAUGAUGCGAAGGCGCUUGAGCUGGAAAUCGACUGGGCCGAACGUAUCGACAGCAUCAAACUCAUGACCUUGGACCGCCUGGUUCUGGACUUUCAGGAGUGCUACUGCCCCAUCGGAUGCUGUCGUAAGGUACAAUGGGUAGUGGAUCGCUUCCUGCACGAGGGACCGCCUCCCGGGACUGCUGCCACAGAAGACAAUGCAUACUCCUCGUAUGACUGGUUCAACCGCCCACCGCGCAUGGUUGAAGUUAUGGGUUUCGUGGAUGACAAAGAGGAAUUAACGGCGAUGGUAAAGUUGAGACGGCUAAUUGGAUCAGUGAUAUGCCUCAUCGAAACUAAUGAUGUCCCUAAUGAUUUUGACCGCCCAAUGCAGGAGCUUCUACUAAGUGAUUGAGAAGGAUUGGUGGUGGGAAGAGCACCAGGUGGCGAUGAUGGAGGAAUACAGAGAGCGCUUUUAUAUUCAUCUUCUGUCUUUCUCCGCAGCGUAAUGUGACGUCAACUUCAGAA